AGGCCAAUGGACGAUGUUGCGUUUGAGAAGCGCAACUGCCUGUCGUCGGAAGUCUUGGCAUGCACCUCAGGCAUUCGCGGCAAUGGUGGGGCGGCGUAAAAUGGGACCGCCUCCCGCCUUACGCAACACCCUCCGCCGUCUGAGAGCUGCCUCACUGUCUCCCAUUAGGCGCUCACUUCCACCCCAUCAAUGCCUGCGUCCUCUGCUCACGCACACGGCUGAUCUUCUUCCUUAGCCUACACACCUCACCGCGAACCUCAUUCCCCUGCCAAUCCCCCGCCAUGGCCAACCAAACCCCCGCCGUUGUCAUGGACAAUGGCACGGGCUACUCCAAACUCGGCUUCGCCGGCAACGACUCUCCCUCUUUCGUCUUCCCCACCGCAAUCGCAACCAAAGGGCCCGCGGGAAGCGGAGGAGCUGGGGGAGGCUCGGGCUCGGGACGACCGGCCGUGGCCAACAAACCGACUUUCCUGACCGGAGGCGCAGGACCGACGGGGCAUUUGUCGGGGAAGAGAGGGACGGAAGACUUGGACUUCUUCAUUGGCGAUGAAGCCUUGUCUGCCGCCGCCGGGCCGGGCUACGGCAUUCAUUACCCCAUACGACACGGGCAGAUAGAGAACUGGGACCACAUGGAGCGCUUCUGGUCCAACAGCAUCUUCAAAUACCUCCGCGUCGAACCCGAGGACCACUACUUCCUCCUCACCGAACCCCCUCUCAACCCUCCCGAGAAUCGCGAAAACACUGCCGAGAUCAUGUUCGAAUCCUUCAACUGCGCCGGCCUGUACAUCGCCGUGCAGGCUGUCCUCGCUCUCGCCGCGUCCUGGACCAGCAGCAAAGUGCAAGACCGGAGUUUGACCGGCACAGUCAUUGACUCGGGUGAGGGCGUGACCCAUGUCAUCCCCGUCGCGGAAGGAUACGUGAUUGGCAGCAGCAUCAAGAGCAUACCCAUUGCCGGCCGAGACAUUACAUACUUUGUGCAGUCGCUGCUUCGAGAUCGAGGAGAGCCGGACAGCAGUCUCAAGACGGCGGAGCGGAUAAAGGAGGAGUUUUGCUACGUCUGCCCGGAUAUUGUGAAGGAGUUUGCCCGUUUCGACAAGGAGUCCGAUGAUCGAUUCCGGAAGUACGACGUCAAGUUUCCCAAUGGGAAGACAACUACGGUCGACGUCGGCUACGAGCGCUUCCUGGCUCCCGAAAUCUUCUUCAACCCGGAAAUCUACAGCUCCGAUUUCUUGACGCCCCUCCCCACCAUCGUCGACACCGUCAUCCAGACCUCGCCCAUUGACGUUCGACGCGGGCUGUACAAGAAUAUUGUCCUUUCCGGCGGCUCCACGCUGUACAAAGAUUUCGGCCGUCGACUGCAACGCGAUAUCCGACACCUCGUCGACGCCCGCAUUAAGGCAUCGGAGGCGCGCGCCGGCAAUGCGGCCAAGUCGGGUGGACUGGACGUGCAGGUCAUUACUCAUAAACGACAGAGGCAUGGACCGUGGUUUGGAGGGUCACUGCUGGGGCAGACGCCGGAGUUCCGAAGCUAUUGUCACACCAAGGCGGAGUAUGAUGAGAUUGGGCCGAGUAUUGUUCGGAGGUUUGCGCUGCUUGGAGGGCCGGGAAGUACUUAAGUGGUGAAGUUGAAGCACGUGUUCCUUGAGUAUGCAGCGAGUCACUACGUGUGCGGAAGCGAGGACGAUGUCCAGCGAAAGUAGCUGAGCUGAGAAAAAACAGAACAAUCUAGUUGUCCCAAUGUCUGGUCAUUUGCCUUGUCGCUAUCACGCGAUCCCUGUACUCCGAUCAGAUGUUGCUCCCUCGCACCGCAAGUCAAGGCCAAGGCUCUGCCGCCAAACCUAAACCCUAACCCUACACCAACCGUG